UGGAAUCAUGUCUACGAAUAAAAAUGUGACGGUGUGGCAGACAAGCAAUAUGCCGCUAUUUUCUCCUCGAAUAGAAACGUGGUCAAUCUGGAAGAAGAAACUGGAAAUUCACAUAUGCGUAUUAAAUUGUGAAGACGACAAAAAAAAAGCUAUCCUAUUGAAAGCGAUCGGUGCGGAGCCGUACAGCAUUUUACAUAGUAUGUGUAGUCCAACUCCACCAAUUCAAAGAAGUUACAAAGAGCUUUGCGAAAUAAUUAAGAGUCAUUACACUCCACCAACUAUCAUACUUCAAGAACGAAAAAAGUUCCAUGAAGCUUUCAAGCAUGAGAGAGAAUCUGUAUCAGAAUGGUUUGCUCGUGU